CGUUAGAGAGAGAGAGAGAGAAUGACCGUGGGUCCCAAGGGGAGGAAGCCAGAAGGGAUUGAUUGGUCACAGUCGCUUCAGUUGCGCCAGAGAAGGGAUUUGGAGCCUGGGUGCACUCAGGUGCGGGACCCACUUCCACUGAAAAAGAGCGGUUGCUCGCCGGCCGGCCGGUCGGCCUCAUGAUCUUCCGUCAGAAAAGGGAUCGAGGCGGGAGCCUUCCCUCUCCCUCUCUUUCUUUCUCUCCUUGCCUCGGAUGCUUGGCUCGUUAGUCGAGACAGAGAGAGGCAAAAGCCAAAACGAGCGUGCCUACGUUUUGACUGCCAGUUUCUUUUCCGGCGACCAGCGUUACCUUGCCGGCGGGAAUUGGAUGUGCGUUUCUCUUUCUCCUUCUUCUCUUGUCCGCUCGAUGCUUACUCGAUCGCCGGAGGAGCCAAGGGAGCUCCGACUGGACGAGAUUCUGGAACUGAGGCGCGUUUCUUGGGAGUCGGUACACGUGGUUUUCUCCCGCGAUCUUCUGGAAAUUUAGCGCUUUGAGGACUCAGGUUGUCUUCGGUUAUUCGAGAGAUGAGUCGAUGCACGGUGUAGGGGGGGAAGAAGGCGGGAUCGCGUUGGCAGCGUGACGUUGAUAGGGGUCCAGUGCGGGGAGAAGAGACGAUUGUGUCAUCAUCAUGACGCAUUUCGCGAAGCUCGAUGACUCCCCGAUGUUUCGGAAUCAGAUUCAGUUACUGGAAGAAAGUACAGAGUCUUUGAGAGAAAGAAGUCUGAAGUUCUACAAAGGAUGUCGCAAAUACACUGAAGGACUUGGUGAAGCAUAUGAUGGGGACAUUGCUUUUGCAAGCGCUCUUGAGAUGUUUGGUGGAGGCCACAAUGAUCCGAUUAGUGUUGCUUUUGGAGGCCCUGCUAUGACUAAAUUUACUAUUGCAUUGAGGGAAAUUGGCACCUACAAAGAGGUUCUACGUUCUCAGGUUGAGCAUAUGCUUAAUGAUAGGUUACUGCAAUUUGUAAAUAUCAAUUUGCAGGAUGUCAAGGAAGCACGAAAGCGCUUUGAUAAGGCAAGCCUCAUUUAUGACCAGACACGAGAAAAGUUUUUGUCACUUAGGAAAAGCACCAAGAUGGAUAUUGUUGCUGUUACAGAGGAGGAACUUCACAGUGCAAGAGCUUCUUUUGAACAGGCCCGCUUCAAUCUGGUCACUGUGUUAUCAAAUGUGGAAUCAAAGAAAAGGUUUGAGUUCUUGGAGGCUGUUAGUUUAACAAUGGAAGCUCAUCUUCGCUAUUUUAAGCAAGGUUACGAGUUGCUGCACCAAAUGGAGCCUUAUAUCCAUCAGGUGUUGACUUAUGGACAGCAGUCAAGAGAAAAAUCCAACUAUGACCAGGCUGCUCUUGCUGAGAGAAUGCAGGAAUACAGAAGACAAAUAGAUCGUGAAAGUAGGUGGCCUUCUAGUGGCUCUCAUGGUUCACCUACAAGGGAUGGAAUACAGACCAUUGGCAGGAGUUCACAUAAGAUGAUAGAGGCAGUUAUGCAAUCAGCCAUAAAGGGAAAGGUUCAAACUAUCCGGCAAGGAUAUCUUUCAAAACGUUCAUCAAACCUGAGGGGUGAUUGGAAGAGAAGAUUCUUUGUUCUUGAUAGCCGAGGAAUGUUAUAUUAUUAUCGCACACAAUCUGGAAGGCCAUCUGGAGGUGGAAGCCAAAAUUCUUAUAGUUCCUCUGAACAUGGUUCUGGGUUGCUGGGCAGAUGGCUUUCUUCCCAUUACCAUGGUGGUGUGCAUGAUGAGAAGUCUGUUCCACAUCAUACAGUUAAUCUGCUCACGUCCACAAUUAAGGUUGAUGCAGAACAAUCAGAUCUUCGCUUUUGCUUUAGGAUUAUUUCUCCAUCAAAGAACUACACAUUGCAGGCAGAGAGCGCACUGGAUCAAAUGGAUUGGAUUGAAAAGAUAACUGGAGUAAUUGCAUCAUUGCUUAGUUUCCAAUCGCCUGAGUUGGGACUGCCUUCUAGCCCAAUGGGAAGUGGUCAUCAUCAUACUGCUAGUGAAAGCAGUUCUUUAGAAAUCCCUUCUGAUGCUGAUGAUGCAGCUUUGGGGGAAUGUACUUCAGACAAGAACUUGAUUACAGGAAAUCAUGAACAUUCUACUAGAAGCAUACAGCAGCACAGGUCCAGCAUGAAACGCGAGAAGCCCAUUGAAGUGCUGAGGAGAGUUGAUGGCAAUGACAAAUGUGCAGAUUGUGGGGCUCCUGAGCCAGAUUGGGCCUCUUUGAACCUUGGCAUUCUUCUUUGCAUUGAAUGCUCUGGUGUCCACCGUAAUCUUGGUGUACAUAUAUCAAAGGUUAGGUCUCUGACACUUGAUGUCAGGGUAUGGGAGUCCUCCGUAAUCAAUUUAUUCCAGUCACUUGGUAAUACAUAUGCUAACUCAAUUUGGGAGAAGCAGUUGUAUUUCACAAAUAAAUUGAGUUCAGAUGAUGCUGACACGAGCUCUAGUGAAUCUGAGGAGAACCACCACCCAAUCCUGAUGAGCAAACCUGCUCCUGGCGAUCCAAUUUCAUUUAAGGAAAAGUACAUUCAAUCGAAGUACGCAGAAAAGCUUUUUGUUCAAAGUCCGAACUCAAGUCAGAACCUUGUAUCUGUAGCUCAACAGAUGUGGGACAGUGUUCGUGCCAACAACAAGCAAGCUGUGUAUCGCCUCAUCGUGGAUUCAAAUGCUAAUGUAAAUGUUGUAUAUGGGAAGGGAUCAAUUAGUCCAGUCCUGACUCUAGCAAAUGUUAUGCUUUUGCAUGACCAACAUAAUUUACCGCAUGAUUGUGAAACUCCACACAUAGAAUUGGAUGCUGCUAAUAAGUCACUGGCAGUAGAGUCCUUGUCAAGACAGACAACCUGGGGAACCUCUUGCUCUCACUCUGAGUGGGCACCGUCCAUAAGCAAUCUGAGCUCGAUGGGUACAAAUGAGAACAGUGGUGAGCUGGAUGAAGAUCUUGAAGGCUGCUCCCUCCUCCACUUGGCAUGCCAUACUGCAGAUAUUGGCAUGAUAGAGCUUCUCCUGCAAUAUGGUGCUAAAAUAAAUGCUUCUGAUGCUAAAUGCCGAACACCUCUUCACCAUAGCAUUUUUGAAGGCCAUAAUGCAACUGCAAAGUUGCUUGUUUCUAGAGGUGCCGAUACUUUGGCUGUUGAUGGAGAUGGAAAGACCCCUCUUCAGUUAGGUAUGGAUGCAGGAACCAUCAACGAUGAAGAGCUUUUCAUUCUUUUAUCUGAUAUGAACAGAUGACUUGAGGGCGCCGAAUAGUGCAGAUUUAUUCUGUAAGAUUAAGGGUCUGUGCCAGUUCAUUCCAGGAUGAGGUGAGCGUCUCGAUCAUUACUUUACUAGCAGUUGCCCUUGGUUUACUUAUCUGGAAAAAACAGGAGUUGUUUUUAAUACGUCAAUUAUAUAUGUCCAACUAAGGUGGUCCUCAUAGAUUUAUCCACUACGGAAGCCUUGAGCCUAUUUUCAUGGGUACAGUCGUGAAGUUUGUGAUCGGGCCCUACCACCACCCGUUCAGUUACUAUGGUUUGCGUUUUCAGUCUGUAUACUUUCUCUUCGCCUGUAGCCUUGUCCUGUUGUCGGUUCUCCCACCUGUAUUUUCUUCACAGAUGGAUCAUUAUUGUUCAUAUUUUUUUAUUGUAAACUCGACUUGUGUUGAAAUCCUCGAUGGAAGAGUACUGGCGGUCUUUACUA